AUGUGUGCCAGCCUGCCAGGCAACUCUACCUUUGAACCAGGACCCAGCCCCAUCCUGCCUCAGAUCCAGCCAUCCACAACCACAUCAAAGCCUGUCUAAGAAGUCAGGUCCAAAAACGUCAAUACUGGGGCUCUAUCCGCGUCUGAAGAGAGGUCAUUGAUAUCAAUAUCUUUGAUUUUCAUCACUGUCAAAUAAUGAGCAGGAGGCCUGCCAUGGAGAGUGAGAGAAAUAUAAUCAUAUUGAAUUCUGGGGUCAUGAAUGCAAUUACGGAACACCGCUCAAUGAGUCAAGGUUUACUGCGUCCAUACACUGUACACCAGGGGGUGAAGCACUGGAUGUACUGAUCUGAGGUAGUAAUUAUUGAAAUACCAUGCUAGUUACCGCCAGCGCCCGUGCCCGCCACAGUCCUUGUCUCUGUCCUUCUGCUCAGGGAGAGGAAAUGAAUGCUAGAGAGGGAGAGAAGAGAGACUGUUGUCAAUCUGGGUUGGAAUGAAGUCGCUUCCUUUCCUUGCCAGCGGAUGGCAGUAGUCACACACCACACAGCGAGCCUCUCCUCCAUCCUCCCCUCUUUGACUAAGCACCUCUAACUGAUCAAGGGCAAUGUUACUGACGGGAAAUCUCCCCCAUCAACCCAUUGUUUGUGUGUAUAAACUGAUGUGUGUACUGUGUAUACCCUCAACUAUCAAAUGUUCUCCUUUUGAAAUCAAGUUUUGCCCUUGAAUCAAUUCACCCCAAUGUUGGUAGUUUUAACUGAAGAGGUGAAAUAUCACUAAACAACAACAGGACUGGAGUCGCUGCUGUAGAUGGACUUUAGUGUCUGUGGAUGUGGCAUUACUGACAGUCCUACCUCUCUCUCUCUGUCUCUCUCUCUGUAUCUCUCUCUCUCUCUCUCUCUCUGUCUCUCUCUCUGUGUGUCUCUCUCUCUCUUUCUCUCUAUGUGUCUCUCUAUCUCUCUCUGUGUCUCUCUCUCUCGCUCUCUCUCUCUCUCUCCCUUUCUCUCUCACUCUCCCAGGGCUUUGUGAGUAAACUAGAUGAGUUUAUCUGCUGGCUGAGGGAAGCCCUGGAGACCACAGAGAACUGGACGCCACCCAAAGCUGAAAUGGACAGCCUCAAGCUCUACCUGGAGAUACACCUGGUGAGACACACACACACACGCUCACAGACACACACACACACACACACACACACACACACACACACACACUACCCAAAAUAUAGAGAUCGAGACAAAAUAGCAUGCUAUCUCUUUCUAUAUCUCUCUCUUUUCCUCUCUCUCCCUCUCUCAUGCGCACACAUGCAAAAAGCAAACAGGCUUACAAAGAUGAACGUGCACAGUACAUAACUGCAUAUGGAUGCAAACAACAAGACUUGCUGCAUCCUCGCAAUCACUCACACUCUCAAGAGCAAACAUACGUGCAGGCGCGCAGAUGCACACAUACUCGUACAUGCACGCACACACACACGUACACACAAACACACACACACAUUCACACUUUCCAAAUACAUUUGCAUACAUCCAUAGAGACCAGCAAAUAUGCAUCUGCAUAGCUCCCUGCUGACUGCCUCUCUGCAUAUGUAUACAUGUAUAUAUAAACAUGUGUAUACUCUGUUCUUCAUGCCAACAACAUGAACACCCAGUACACACACAUUUGUAUUUUAUCACUAACCUUGUACAAAACUGUGUGUGUAUACACAGUGUGUAUGCAUGUGUGUGUAUGCAUGUGUGUGUGUGUGUGUGUGUGUGUGUGUGUGUGCAUACUGUAUAUCUCUAUCAGUAUCAGAGGUUUGUUUUGGAGCAAGCAGCCACGUUUGUCAUUUUGGGGCAUGGGGAAGGAAGAUGUAGUUAUGUUUUACUGGGAUGGGCUUCACAUGUUAGUAUUGAUUGAGACGGGCCCUGCCAGACGCACUUGUUUUCCUCAGUCAACCUGUGCUCUAGGGCCGCUGAGGGGAGCUGCUCCCAAUUGAAUGUUUUGGGGUUGGGUGGGCAGGGGAAUGAAUCUAGCUGAGAACGGCGGCGAGCUGCGCUGCUUUCCGGUGCCCCUGGGAGCGCGGUAACGAGAGUUCUGCGAACCCAGGCCGAGCAGGCGCCUCUUUAUAAGGCAUUGAGAGGUGGCGCAAAAUGAAACGGCUAUUGAUUGAGCUUGAUGGCCGAUCCAGCUCUUUGAAUCACAUUAACGAGGCCACUCUGCACCGGUGGCAAAUGAACAGUCAGGACAAGAGGCCCCCAGUUAGAGAGAGGGGGUGGGGGGUUGACACUAGCCAGGGGGUGUCACAACCCCUUAACACAUACACAGUAUACACAGGAAAGUAUAUAGAUACAACCCUGUCUCUCUCUCUCUCUGUCUCUCUCUCUCUCUCUCUCUCUCUCUCUCUUCUCUCUCUGUCUCUCUGUUCUCUCUCUCUCUCUCUCUCUCUCUCUCUCUCUCUCCUCUAUCUUUCUCUCUGUCUCUCUCUCUCUCUCUCUCUCUCUCUCUAUCUCUCUCUCUCUGUCUCUCGGUCUCUCUCUCUUCUCUCUCUUCUCUCUCUCUCUCUCUCUCUCUCUCUCUCUCUCUCUCUCUGUCUCUCUGUCUCUCUCUCUCUCUCUCUCUCUCUCUCUCUCUCUCUCUCUCUCUCUCUCUGUCUCUCUCUCUCUCUCUCUCUCUCUCUCGCUCUCUGUCUCUUGCUCUUCUCUCUCUCUCUCUCUCUCUCUCUCUCUCUCUCUCUCUCUCUCUCUCUCUCUCUCUCUCUCUCUCUCUCUCUUUCUCUCUCUCUCAGGCACCACUUGUAUGUAACAUUUCAAUGUCAAAUCUCAAUGUCAUCACAUUUAGCUAUACGAUACACUACUCAGAAAAAUGCUAAUGUGAAUUUUUAAAAAAUCGGAUCAAAUAGAAUUGGAAAUAUUUAGCCUAUGUUCCUAUUAUGAUAGUAGCCAGGUAUCUUCCUCUCUGGCUCCGAGUGAGCCAAUUCAUUUCCAAAUCUCUCCUACCUUGGCCUUCCCACCUCACAUCCAACCUCUGAGCCUCGGUAACACCAUCCUCCACUACACCUCUGCAGGCUAUGGCGCCUCUUUAAUUCCAUCACAACCUGUGUGUGUGUCUGUGUCGUGUCUAUAUGUGUGUGUGUGUGUGUGUGAGCCCUGUCCCUCCACAUCCCCAGACGCAUCCAUACAUGACGGCGUUCCUCACUCUCCCUCUGUCUCUGUCUCGGUGAGAUGACGGCCCUGCCCUGUCUGUGUGUCUGUCUUUGUGAGGUGAUGUGGGGAUUACAGUCCUCUCGCCUCAGCCUAAACCAUAGAGGAGCGAGGCGAGCAGAGGAGCGAGCAGAUAAGCGAGGCGAGCGAGGGGCUCGAGUUCCAGUGGCUUCAUACUGUAGCACAUCGAGAGGUGUCAAAUCAGCAAUAACCCACCUGCCACCAGCUAAAUCCACCCAGAGCCCCCCAGUCCUCUCCUCUCUCUGCUGAUAAACUUUCUGGGUGCAUCCCAAAGGGCACCCUAUUCCCUAUAUAGUUUGGGACACUUCCUCUUUGCUGCUGCUGCACUGCAGUCUGCCUGCUCCACUGGACACAUCAUGGAAUAUAUAUCAGAUCAUAUCAUACAGCACACACGGAUACUGUCUGUAUCACACUAUAAACCAUAAAAAUCCUAUGAUAUUUUAUUAGUUUAUAUGGUAUAAACAUUUCAUCCUUAGUUCUGAAACGAUUGGUACCUAUUUUGAUCAAGUACAGUAUAAUAAAGGGAAUUUCAAACAACUAUUUAUCAACUAUUUAUCAGCAAGGUCAGUUUCACGAUGUGGCGUGAAUAAAGCAUAAACUGUUCUCAUAAAAGAUUAGAUGGCCGAUCAUCAUCGACAACUGUCAACGUUUUAUUAACACUAUUAUAAACACUGUAGAUGUACAUUAUCUAGACAGCAUGGUAGAGAGCUAUACCCUAUCACUGUGUGAUGGAUAGCUUAGUGGUCUGUUCUAUUCACUUCACUUCUACAUUUUCACUUGAAAACAUAGGGAUGAAUCUCGGAAUAAAAACUAUAUUAUAAUUUGUAAUACUUUCUAAUCUGUUGUGAAAUAAUUCAGUGUGACUUCCUUCCACCAGUGGUAGAUAUCUAGUUAUAAUGUAUUAGUGUUGACUUGUUCUAAGCUAUCACAGAGCCGAGAGGCUAUCAAUCCCCUGUCCAUCUUGUGGAUCAUAAAUCCACCAGCCAGGAGAUGUUACCUUGUCAUCUCUGACUAAUACCUCCAGGUGACCAUCUGUCACAGGCCCAUAUCCCCUCAUCGCUGGUGGCAUCAAGUUUACUGGAUUUUCUCUGUCUCAUUUAAAGAUUGCAGCAUAGCACUCGAAUCUGAGUAUUGUACAUGGUACAGUAAUUCACUCCCACUAUAUCUAGGUAGAUAUGUUUUUGUAAAUGAUGUACAAAAAAUAAUGGAAGAAUCCACUAUAACAUGAAUACACUGUAGAAACAACAACAAAAACACCCACAAAUGUAGUUGUUUCAACUAAUUAUUAUUAAGUAACUGGUUCUACAGCCUUUUUUUGUUUAAUAAACUUUUAGGUCCAAGUGUUACCUGAACUAAAAAAAAAUAUGUUGGCCCAAACUUAGCUCUAACUUGAGAACUUUGUCAAAAAUGCAGUCAAUUUAAAAUGAUGUGUUUGCUCAACUUGUCUCAGAUGUUCAUUCAAUUAUAAAUUAUUAAUUGGGCAUCUUAACAAAAAAAAGGCUGUGCAACUGGUUACACUCAAACAGUGCUUUUAACAUACAAUGUUUUAAGCUUAUCAACAUGUCAACAGUGAAGAGGCGACUCCGGGAUGCUGACCUUCUAGGCAGAGUUGCAAAGAAAAAGCCAUAUAAAAAGAAAAUAUUAAGAUGGGCAGUCUGAGAUAUGUUUUUUUCUUUGCAACUCUGCCUAGAAGGUCAGCAACACAGAGUUGCCUGUUCACUGUUGACGUUGAGACUGGUGUUUUGCAGGUACUAUUUAAUGAAGCUGCCAGUUGAGGACCUGAGAGGCGCCUGUUUCUCAAACUAGACACUCUAAUGUAUUUGUCCUCAUGCUCAGUUGUGCACCGGGGCCUCCCACUCCUCUUUCUAUUCUGUUUAGAGCCAGUUUGCACUGUUCUGUGAAGGGAGUACACAGCGUUGUACGAGAUCUUCAGUUUCUUGGCAAUUUCUCGCAUAGACUAGUCUUCAUUUCUCAGAACAAGAAUAGACUGACGAGUUUUAGAAGAAAGUUAUUUGUUUCUGGCCAUUUUGAGCCUGUAAUCGAACCCACAAUUGCUGAUGCUCCAGAGACUCAACUAGUCUCAAGAAGGCCAGUUUUAUUGCUUCUUUAAUCAGCACAACAGUUUUCAGCUGUGCUAACAUAAUUGCAAAAGGGUUUUCUAAUUAUCAAUUAGCCUUUUUAAAUGAUAAACUUGGAUUAGCAAACACAACGUGCCAUUGGAACACAGGACUGAUGGUUGCUGAUAAUGAGCCUCUGUACGCCUAUGUAGAUAAAAUCAGCCGUUUCCAGCUACAAUAGCCAUUUACAACAUUAACAAUGUCUACACUGUAUUUCUGAUCAAUUUGAUGUUAUUUUAAUGGACAAAAAAAUAAUUUUCUUUUGAAAACAAGGACAUUUCUAAGUGACCCCAAACUUUUGAACGGUAGUGUAUCUUGAGUCAAUAAGUAUUCAACCACUUUGUUAUGGCAAGCCUAAAUAAGUUUAGGUGUAAACAUUUUCUUAACAAGUCACAUAAUAAGUUGCAUGGACUCAGUGCUGGAGAAAGUACCCAAUUGUCAUACUUGAGUAAAAGUAAAGAUACCUUAAUAAAAAAUGACUGAAGUAAAAGUGUAAGUCACCCAGUAAAAUAUUACUUAAGUAAAGUAAAAGUCUAAAAGUAUUUGGUUUAAAUAUACUUUAGUAUCAAAAGGAAAUGUAAUUGCUAAAAUAUACUUAAGUAUCAAAAGUAAAAGUAUACCUCAUUUGAAAUUCCUUAUAUAAAGCAAACCAGACUGCACCAUUUUCUUGUUUGUUUUUUAACGGAUAGCCAGGGGCACAUUCCAACACUCAGACAUCAUUUACAAAUGUAGCAUGUGUGUUUAGUGAGUCCGCCAGAUCAGAGGCAGUAGGGAUGACCAGGGAUGUUCUCUUGAUAAGUGUGUGAAUUUUCCUGUCCUGCUAAGCAUUAAAAAUGUAACAAGUACUUUUGUGUGUAAGGGAAAAUGUAUGGAGUAAAGUAAAGUUUUCUUUAGGAAUGUAGUGAAGUAAAAGUAAAAGUUGUCAAAAAUAUAAAUAGUAAAGUACAGAUACCCAAAAAAAACUACUUAAGUAGUACUUUCAAGUAUUUUUACUUAAGUACUUUACACCACUGCAUGGAGUAACAAGUCACAUAAGUUGCAUGGACUCACUCUGUGUGCAAUAAUAGUGUUAACAAGAUUUUUGAAUGACUAGCUCAUCUCUGUACCCCACACAUACAAUUAGCUGUAAGGUCCCUCAGUCGAGCAGUGAAUUUCAAACACAAAUUCAACCACAAAGACCAGGGAGGUUUUCCAAUGCCUCGCAAAGUAGGGCACCUAUUGGUAGAUAAAAAUAUAAAAAAGCAGACAUUGAAUAUCCCUUUGAGCAUGGUGGUUAUUAAUUACACUUUGGAUGGUGUAUCAAUACACCCAGUCACUACAAAGAUACAGGCUACCUUCCUACAGUGGGGAAAAAAAAAAAAGUAUUUAGUCAGCCCCAAUUGUGCAAGUUCUCCCACUUAAAAAGAUGAGAGAGGCCUGUAAUUUUCAUCAUAGGUACACGUCAACUAUGACAGACAAAUUGAGAAAAAAAAAUCCAGAAAAUCACAUUGUAGGAUUUUUUAUGAAUUGAUUUGCAAAUUAUGGUGGAAAAUAAGUAUUUGGUCACCUACAAACAAGCAAGAUUUCUGGCUCUCACAGACCUGUAACAACUUCUUUAAGAGGCUCCUCUGUCCUCCACUCGUUACCUGUAUUAAUGGCACCUGUUUGAACUUGUUAUCAGUAUAAAAGACACCUGUCCACAACCUCAAACAGUCACACUCCAAACUCCACUAUGGCCAAGACCAAAGAGCUGUCAAAGGACACCAGAAACAAAAUUGUAGACCUGCACCAGGCUGGGAAGACUGAAUCUGCAAUAGGUAAGCAGCUUGGUUUGAAGAAAUCAACUGUGGGAGCAAUUAUUAGGAAAUGGAAGACAUACAAGACCACUGAUAAGACUGGUGAGCAAAAAUCCCAGAACCACACAGGGGGACCUAGUGAAUGACCUGCAGAGACCUGGGACCAAAGUAACAAAGCCUACCAGUAACACACUACGCCGCCAGGGACUCAAAUCCUGCAGUGCCAGACGCGUCCCCCUGCUUAAGCCAGUACAUGUCCAGGCCCGUCUGAAGUUUGCUAGAGUGCAUUUGGAUGAUCCAGAAGAGGAUUGGGAGAAUGUCAUAUGGUCAGAUGAAACCAAAAUAUAAGUUUUUGGUAAAAACUCAACUCGUCGUGUUUGGAGGACAAAGAAUGCUGAGUUGCAUCCAAAGAACACCAUACCUACUGUGAAGCAUGGGGGUGGAAACAUCAUGCUUUGGGGCUGUUUUUCUGCAAAGGGACCAGGACGACUGAUCCGUGUAAAGGAAAUAAUGAAUGGGCCAUGUAUCGUGAGAUUUUGAGUGAAAACCUCCUUCCAUCAGCAAGGGCAUUGAAGAUGAAACGUGGCUGGGUCUUUCAGCAUGACAAUGAUCCCAAACACACCGCCCGGGCAACGAAGGAGUGGCUUCGUAAGAAGCAUUUCAAGGUCCUGGAGUGGCCUAGCCAGUCUCCAGAUCUCAACCCCAUAGAAAAUCUUUGGAGGGAGUUGAAAGUCAGUGUUGCCCAGCGACAGCCCCAAAACAUCACUGCUCUAGAGGAGAUCUGCAUGGAGGAAUGGGUCAAAAUACCAGCAACAGUGUGUGAAAAUCUUGUGAAGACUUACAGAAAACGUUUGACCUGUGUCAUUGCCAACAAAGGGUAUAUAACAAAGUAUUGAGAAACUUUUGUUAUUGACCAAAUACUUAUUUUCCACCAUAAUUUGCAAAUAAAUUCAUUAAAAAUCCUACAAUGUGAUUUUCUGGAAUUUUUUUCCUCAUUUUGUCUGUCAUAGUUGACGUGUACCUAUGAUGAAAAUUACAGGCCUCUCUCAUCUUUUUAAGUGGGAGAACUUGCACAAUUGGGGCUGACUAAAUACUUUUCCCCCCCACUGUACAUAUACACAUAUACACACACAUACACACACAUACAUAUAUACAUACAUCCAUACACACACACAUAUCCUUUUUAAAAUUAUAUUUCCCUUCAUUACUUUCCAACCCCACCACCCCUUCCCCAAUUGGAGUAAACUAGUGAAAAACAACACUUAGGCCUCUACUUCCAGCCCAUACAUACUAUAUACAUUUUAUGGACACAGUCAAAUUCUACAAUAAUAAUAUUUUGUUUGUUUUUACUCCUGAACUUCCUCCGAUCAUUUUCAUGAUGUCCAUCUGGUUUGCUUUUAACUGUGCUCUGAUUAUGGACACAGUAUGCUUUACAUUAGUUAUCUUGUUGUUAUUAGUUGUUGUUAUUAGUCCCAUCCUUCAGCUCCAUUCAACACCUCCCAUCUAUUUCUUAACACCAUCCAUAUUGGAUUUCUAUUUGCCAUAUAUUUUUCAACUGUACUGUGAUGUUUUACAAAUGUUCUGAACCUUUCUAUUCUCAUUGUUUCUACAGAUCGUAAAUUGAAUAUAAACAUUUUUGCUAAAAGUAUUAUUAUAUUAUUGAUCGACUGACUGACUUUUCAGAUCGCCCAGUAGUGCUAUCUGCAGGGUUAGCUCCAGGUAAAUAUUGCAAUCCUUUAGCCAUUCCUGGACCUGUGUCCAAAAACAAGCUACAAAUGGACAGUACCAAAAUAAAUGAUCUAAUGAUUCUGUCUCUUCGCAGCAAAAUCUGCAAAGGUGGGAAGAUUGUAUCCCCCAUAUAAAUAACAUUCUAUUGGUAGCAAGAAUUUUAUAUAAUAAUUUAAAUUGAAAAAUUCUAAGUUUUGAAUCCGGCAUCGUUUUGAGUAUCAAUUCAUAAACACUAUGCCAUGGAAUCGGUAUGUCAAAAAUCUCUUCCCAACUAUUUUGCAAUCUAUAUGGGACGGCUGUCAAUCCUUUGGUCCUUAAAUGAAACUGGUAUACUUUUUUAUUUAUCACAAUUUCCUUUAACCAACAACUAUUAUUUAAUAAUAUAAUUUCCUUACUUUUUCCCCCUUCCACUUUCCUUUUCCAUUUUUGCGGUAAUGCUGCAAUUAUUUGGUUUGUAAUUUUGGGUAGAGCAGACAUUUCCAUAUGUUUUUGUUAGCUGCAUGUGCGACAUAACUCCACCAGUCCUACCGAUAAUAUCAUUUACGAAAAUGAUACCUUUUUUAGACUGUAUAUUUGAGUUUAACCACAAUAUUUGUUGCAUUCUUUUUUCUGUUGUUUCUGGAGGAUUACAUUGAAAUUGCAACCAACUUUCUAUGGCUUGUUUUAGAAAUAGUGAUAUUUGGGAGAUUAUUUCCUUUUCAAAUAACUGAAAGUGAGAGGUUGUAAUCUGAAUAAAGGGGAAAAAAGGCCAUUCUUGAACAUUGGGUGAGACAAUCUUACUAAUUUGCUAGAGAACCAGUUCGGAUUUAAGUAUGACUUUUGUAUGACUGAAGCUUUUAGUGAUACGUCUAAUGCUUUAAUAUUUAAUCAUUUCUGUCCUCUGAAUUCAUAUUCAUUAUAUAAAUAGGCCCGUUUAAUUUUGUCUGGCUUGCCGUUCCAAAUAAAAUUGAAUAUUUUCUUCUCAUAUAAUUUAAAAAACUGCUCGCAAAACCAUAAGCAAAUAGGUAAACUGGGAUAAUACUAAAGAGUUAAUCAGGGUGAUUUUUUCACAAAUUGACAGGUAUUUACCUUUCCGUGGUAGCAAGAUCUUAUCUAUUUUUGCUAACUUUCUAUAAACAUUUAUUGGAGUGAGAUUAUUUAUUUCAUUUGGGAUAUGUAUUCUGAGUAUAUCCACAUCACCAUCAUACCAUUUUAUUGGUAAACUACAUGGUAAUGUACAUUUUUUUAUUUUUAGUGAUCCAAUACGUAAUAUAGUACAUUUAUCAUAAUUUGGUUGUAAUCCAGAGAGGUUAGAAAAUUUAUCUAGAUCCUCUAUGAGGCUGUGGAGGGUUUCAAGUUGUGGAUUUAAAAGAAAACAUGAAUCAUCAGCGUACAAUGACACCUUUGUUUUUAAGCCCUGGAUUUCUAAUCCCUUGAUAUUAUUGUUGGAUCUGAUUUUAAUAGCUAAUAUCUCAUUGGCAAUAAUAAAUAGAUAUGCCGAUAGUAGACAACCUUGUUUCACUCCUCUUGACAGUUUAAAACUUUCUAAGAAAUAGCCAUUAUUUACUAUUUUACACCUAGGGUUAGUAUACAUGAUUUUAACCCAAUUUAUAAGAGAUUGUCCAAAAUUGAAAUGCUCCAGGCAUUUAUAUAUAAACCCCAGUCGUAAUUUAUCAAAUGCCUUAUCGAAGUCUGCUUUGAAUAGUAGGCCUGGUUUCCCAGAUUUUUCAAAGCGUUAUGUUUGGGGCAAAUCCAAUAUAAAACAUUACUGAGUACGACUCUUCAAAUUUUCAAGCAUGAUGUUGGCUGCAUCAUGUUUUGGGUAUGCUUGCCAUCGGCAAGGACUAGUGAGUUUUUUAGGAUAAAAAUAAACUGAAUAGAACUAAGCACAGGCUAAAUCCUAGAGGAAAACCUGGUUCAGUCUGCUUUCCAACAGACACUGGGAGACAAAUUCACCUUUCAGCAGGACAAUAACCUAAAUCACAAGGCCAAAUAUACACUGGAGUUGCUUACCAAGACGACAUUGAAUGUUCCUGAGUGGCCGGGUUACAGUUUUGACUUAAAUCGGCUUGAAAAUCUAUGGCAAGGCUUGAAAAUGGCUGUCUAGCAAUGAUCAACAACCAACUUGACAGAGCUUGAAGAAUUUUAAAAAGAAUAAUGUGCAAAUAUUGUACAAUCCAGGUGUGCAAAGCUCUUAGAGACUUACCCAGAAAGAUUCUCAGCUGUAAUUGCUGCCAAAGGUGAUUCUAACAUGUAUUGACUCAGGGGUGUGAAUACUUAUGGAAAUGAGAUAUUUCUAUAUUUCAUUUUCAAUACAUUUGCAAAAAUUUCUAAAAACAUGUUUUCACGUUGUCAUUAUAGGGUAUUGUGUGUAGAUGGGAGACAAAAUAUAUACAUUUAAUUCAUUUUGAAUUCAGACUGGAACAAAACAAAAUGUGCAAUAAGUCAAGGGGUAUGCAUGCUUUCUGAAGGCACGGUAGGGAAUAGGGUGCCAUUAUAUAAGGAAUAACGUGCCAUUUCGGACAGAGCCUUGCAGUGAGUGUGAACAACUCCAUCUUGGCUGUUCUGCUGUUCCUGGAUCAGCGUUAGAGCGAGUCAACGAGGGCAUCUUUUAGUUAGUGAGGUGUCCCAUUCCCCUUCAUCCAUCCCGCCCAGCGUAGUAGAGCCUGGCCUCGUUCUUUGCUCUUCUCCCUGCUUUCUCGGCGGCAGGCCGUCAGAUACAGUUAGCCAGGGCUGUGUUGGCUCGGCACACCUUCAGCAUGCUGGUCAGAUCACACCAGGCCCUAAUCGGCUGCAACAGGCCGGCCCAAGAUCUGAGGAGAUGAGAAUCUAAGGCGAAGAUGGCUCCAGGCGCCUCACUGCAUCACUCCCCUGGGACCCCUCAGCCCCCCUCUGUACGCACAUCCUCGACCCUCUCCAAACCCCACCUCCCUCCACCCCCUAACCACCCAUCACAUCUUCAAAAGCACAGCCCCAUCCCCCUCCUCCGGGUCCCAGCAUAACGUUCUCUCCCUCUCCCUCUCCCUCUCUCUCGCUCUCCAUCUCUCUCUCUCUCUCUCUCUCUCUCUCUCUCUCUCUCUCUCUCUCUCUCUCUCUCUCUCUCUCUCUCUCUCUCUUUCCCCCCAUCUCUCUCACUCUCUCUCUCCACUUUGAUUACUCUUAGCACCACGAGAGCACUCGGCUCUGCACCGGCUCCUUGGGUAUUAUCAAAACCAAUCAACAUGAAAGUUUUCAUAGCAGCACCCACGGAGAGGUGGGAUGGAGGGGAAAGAGUAUUGGGGGAUAGAGAAAUGGGAGAGAGAAAGAGGAGUGUUUGGGGGAUUUUUAAAGAGAAUAACAAUAGCGGAAUAGAGACAUCACAGUAAUAAGGGCGCUUGGGGGAAUAUUGAACACGUUGGAGAGUUAGGGGAUGGGUGGAUGAUAGAUCCCUUUAAGCAGGGUCGGCCCGCUCAUUAGGCAGGAUUAGGCGGCUGCCUAUGGUGGCAGAUUGACGAGGGUGGCAUUUUUUUAGCUAAACUGAACAAGAUGCACCUCCAACAACAUAAAAACUCACAUAAUUCUGCCCAAAAACAAUGACAAUUUCUCUCAACCAGUGGCAUAUGGGAUUUUUUGGUGAGCGCUGAUGCCGCCCUAUGAUAAGCAGUGCCCACUUUGUCAAAGGCCGCAAAAUAUUUAUCUUGUCCACUCCCAGCGCGCGUCUCCAGGGUGCUGUUGGAGAGACGCAUCGCUGAGUGUUCCACCAACAUUCCGUCAAAAAAAUAAUCUUACAUAAAUCAUGUAGCAGAUAUAGCAUAUGGUAGAAAGAGUAUGUGGCCUUUUCUGUAGCCUACAGGCUGGAGAUAAAAAAAUAAAAAAAAUAUAUGACAAUGUAGUGAGACGGAAACUUUUUACAUCAUGCAGGUUUCUCCAAUCAAAUAGCCUAACCUAAUCAAAUAAAAAAUGCUAACAAACAUGUUAACAAACCACAAAUCCUAAAAACGGGACAGGUCAAAGUAAAAUGGAAUAUGGAAUGAACAAUCAGGCUACUCACAACUGCUGUCCAGGAGUUUCAUCCUGUGGGCUAAAUUGUCAUGAUCAGUGGUUUCAAGUUUGUAUCAGUCAAUGUUUUACGAGCUGAUCAGAGCGAAAAAUUAAAAUACUUCUACAUUUCCUGCUGUGUAAACUCAUUGCAAAUAGGCUUAGGAUAACUCCUCCUGAUAAAGUUGGGCAGCUGAUAUUCAAAGCUUAAAUAGCCAAAUUGAUUAGUCACAGCAAUCAGGACUAAUAAAGCCAAUGCAAUGUCCUGUUUUACAAACAGUGGGCCUACCACAUGGAUGGGCAUUCAUAAAAUUCCAUUGCGGGGCGACAUGGUAGGCUACACCUCAUUACGCGUGUAUUGACGCCGACAUCUUUUGGACGUCUUACCACAUAGAUGGGCAUUCCUAAAAUACAAAUUUCAGGCGACACUGUAGGCCAGGGAUGGGCAACUCCAGACCUCUGGUGCCUGAUUGUUGUCAGUUGAUUGUUGUUGUUGCUAACAUGUCUGACACCAAUAAUCAACUAAUCAUGAUCUUCAGGUUAGAAUGCAAUUAGUUUCAUCAGCUGUAUUGAUUAGGGAUGGGAAAAAAGUGUGACACCACUCCGGCACCCAGAGGACUGGAGUUGCCCAUCCCUGUUGUAGGCUAUACCUCAGUAAGCACGGACCGACGCUGAUGCGUUUUGGACUUCUUUUCUUUUUUUGUGCAGUCCGGACCAGCCUUGAUUUCCAUGUCCACGGAUGUAGUUUUUUGGUCCAGUCUGGACGAAAUCUGAACCAAUCAUAGACGUCUAUGUUUGGUUCAGAUUUUGUCCAGUCUGGACCAGCCUUGAUUUGGCCCAAACGUAGACGUCUAUAAAUUACAUAUUUUCAACUUUCAUUCAGAACUGAAAAUGAACCUGAUUUCAAUGUCCAGAAAAUACAUAUUUUGAACAUCUGGAAAAUACAUAUUUUCAACUUUCAUUCAGAACUGAAAAUGAACCUGAUUUCAACGUCCAGAAAAUACGUAUUUUUCACCUUUCAUUCAGAACCUAAAUUGAAUACCUUCAACGUCUGGAAAAUACGUAUUUUAGAGGUCUUUUCAACGUUAUUUUGCUUACUGGGACUAUUCUUGUAGGAGCUGCAAUUUUUUUGUCUCGCCUAGGGCGGCAGAAUGUCCAGGACUUGCCCUGCUUUAAGGGAUGGAGGGAUGAUCUGUUGGAAGAGGGGGAGAGGGGGAUUCUAGAGCAACUUUGAUAGGGGUGGGGGCCACAAAAAUGUUUAACUCAUCAUGAGGGGCCGCAGUGGCUCGUGGGUCUGCGUACCCACAUCCAUACCCCCCACCUUGCGAGCAAAACAUUUUAGCGGCCCCCCUUGUGACAGCAAAGAGAAAAUAUUUAAGUUUUAAAGUUAAUUUCCUGCAAUUCUGCAAAUGUUGCUAUGGGGCGUAGAGAAGAUGUUGCCGUUUUAAAGCAGGUUUGUUGCAAUUCUACUAAUUUUGCCAUGGGGCGGAGAGAAGAUUUAGCAAUUUUACUGCAAAUUUCCUGCAAUUCUACACAUUUUACCAUAGGGUGGAUGCAAAUGUUUGCAGUUUUUAAUAUGAUAACUGAUGAUCAAUGGGCCCCACCCCAGUUGGUAAUUCGACCAUGCUUACUACAAUUUUAGAUAGCUGGCUGCUAGACUAACUUACCAAUCUAAAAAUGUUUUGCUGACAUGGGCUAAUUGAGUGACUGUUGAUGCACAACCAAAUUUCGAAAUUGCAUCUUGUGUAUUCUAUUAUUCUAACUCUCAACAGUAAGUUGAGACCCCGACUGAGUUCCUAAAAAAAUCAAAUAUAUUGGUCCGCCCGCCUACAAAAGGGGUACCACCAGUUGCCAAGUUGCCCAUCGCUGUUCUUGAGGGAGAGGGGGACUGUGUAUUUCAUUGAGAGAAGUGUAGAAUGGGACUGUGGGGUCCUAGAGUUGUAUUUUUUUUUUAAAGGGAUUGUGAAUCAUCCUUUAAAUAAAAAACUCAAUAGCCUAUGUCGGAUUUAAUGUUUUUCAAUAUGUUGGAUUGUUUGUACAAAUACAAAUAUUUUCUGUCACAAUAUUUCAGGGACUGGGACUUGUGGGAUAGUACCGGGGGUGUUAAAUAUGAGUUUAUACACUUGUGUGCUUUGUGUAUUAGUGUGUGAAUUAGUAUUAGUAUCAUGUUCAAAAACAUAGAGAAUUGCAUGUGUUUAUGCUUGAGUGUGUGUGGUAUGUUAUGUAUCAGAGAGAGAAAUAAAGAUGAAACAUCUAGUAAGUUGACUGUUGUGAGGUGUCAUCAUGUGUGUCAUAUUGUGUCUGAUUCUACAGAGCUUCAAGCUGACCGUGGACAGUCACUGUUCCCUGAAAGACUGUGUACUAAUAUGUUGUCUGGUUCUACAGAGCUGCAAGCUGAACAUGGACAGUCACUGCUCCCUGAAAUACUGUGUACUAAUAUGUUGUGUCUGGUUGUGUCUGGUUCUACAGAGCUUCAAGCUGAAUGUGGACAGUCACUGCUCCCUUAAAGACUGUGUACUGGAGGAAGGCAGGCAGCUGCUGGAAGUCAUCAUCUCCCACAAAUCAGGUACGGCUCUCACUGCUCUCAGCCCUCACAUUUAUUAUUAAUGUUUAUAUUAACAUACUGACCUUCAGAAUGUAUAAAUCUUAAAGUAACCGCUUCUCAAGCAAGGGGAAGGUGGGAAAGAAACUGCGUUUUUCAACAUACAUUACCAAUGGCAUUCUAUCUGCAGUGGAUUGAGUGAGUGAGUGAGUCCGGGCAGGCUGGGAGAGAUUGGUGCUUGUGACUGGGUCGAGAAAUGAUAGAGAGGAGAGGUGGAGAGUGAAAGGGAUGUAGAGGGAGAGAAAUGAGAGCGAGUAGAGAGAGCGAGGUGCCAUGUACUGUAUAUGAAGAGAUGGAGUAAGAGAGAGAAAAAGAGAGGGAGGGAGGCACUGUGUAGAGGAAGAGAGGUGGAAUUAGGAACAGCAGGGCCUGAGUCAGAGGCCAUCGUCCAGACGUUCUCUACUCUCUGCUGGGCCGAUUAUUCACCUAAAGCAUCCAGCUAGCCAGCCAGCCAAGCGCUCAGCAAAUGUACAAAUCCGCUAAGCUGACCUCCCUGUUGGCGAGUUGUCUCCUCGCUGGCUCUUAAGCUGCCCACCAUUAAAAAUGCAGAUGGCCCCCAGGAUCCUGGAGCUGUUUGAAAAGCUCUGACAGGAGAGAGGAGAAGAGAGGAGAGGUGAGGAGAAGAGAGGAGAGGUGAGAAGAGCCCUACUGUUAUUCACUAGAAUCAGCUCUGUUUCUCUCUCUCUCUCUUUCUCUCUCUCGCUCUCUCCCUCCCUUCUUUCAUCCACAUCUCAUCUGCAUUAAUUCCUAGUACCUUCACUCGCUUACUAUUGGACGCCACAAUAGCAAAUCUCUCCCCCUACUUCUCGCACUGCAGACACUAAUACCUGGUUUCCUAGCAACUCUGCAGAUCAGUCAUGAUAAUUCCACAGGUAUGAGCGGUGUGUGACAUUGUUGAGCAGCCAGUGUGUCAGUGUGUUUGUACGUGUACAAGCAUAUGUGUGUGCCUUUGUGCGUGCAUGUGGAUUACAGGGUCACAUUCUGCCCUGGCUCAUUCAUCUUGAUUUGCACUUUUUAAUUACUUUGAACAAACAGGAUUUGGGUGAAUCAUGACUGCUUGGACAGUGUUCUGCUGGUACAAAGACAGGGCUGGAGUAAAACGCUGAUGGUUCUGCAGGUGUAGGAAGGGAUGAACUAUAAACCAGCGACUCAUCACAUGCAGUAUACAUACUGGUGUGCACAUAUACAUUAGUGAACAUAGUGUAGAACAGAUCACGUAGGCAUCUGUGUUCAAGGUGGACAACUGAAGAAUUCAAGGUAAUAUAAAAUGAAGAGCAUUACCUCACUCGGACUAUGGAAAUAAUAAUGAUAAUGGGUAAAAUAGUUGAUCAUAAUAAAAAUAUAAAUAUCAGUACAUACAGAGACAUGAAUGAAGGAUUUUCCAGGCUCUGUGGUAGCCGGCCGCGACCGGGAGACCCAUGGGGCGGCGCACAAUUGGCCCAGCGUCGUCCAGGGUAGGGGAGGGAAUGGCCGGCAGGGAUGUAGCUCAGUUGGUAGAGCAUGUCGUUUGCAACACCAGGGUUGUGGGUUCGAUUCCCACGGUGGGCCAGUAUGAAAAAUAAAAAAUAAUGUAUGCACUCACUAACUGUAAGUCGCUCUGGAUAAGAGCGUCUGCUAAAUGACUCAAAAUGUAAAUGUAAAAUGUAAUUUUAGGAGGGUUGGUUGGCAAAUCCAAGCACUGGAUGAUGGCCAUUCCUCUCAUUUAUCGAAUCUCUCUUUUUCUCUCCUCUCCUCUCUCUCCUCUCUCUCUCUCUCUCUCUCUCUCUCCUCGCUCUUCUCUCUCUCUCUCGUCCUCUCUCUGCUCUCUCUCUCCUCUCUCUCUCUCUCUCUGUCUCUCUCUCUCUCGUCUCCCUCUCCUCUCUCUCUCUCUCUUCGGUCGUCUCCUCCUCCUCCUCUCUCCUCUCUCUCCUUCCAUUCCCUCCCUCUCUCUUUCUUUCCCCCUUCCUGUAUCUCUCUCUUUCUCUUUCUCUCUCUCUCUUGGUCUCCUCCAUUCAUCCCUCCCUAUCUAUCUUUCACUUUUCCUCUCUCCCUCUCCCCCUCCCCCCUCUCUCUCUCUGUCUCUCUCUCUUUUUUUCUCUCUCUUUAUUACCUGUCCAGGCCUAAGGGACAUGCUCCAGAUGAUCGUACACCAGUGGCAGGAGCUCCAGAGGCAGAUCCGCCGCCAGCACAGCUGGAUGCUGCGCACUCUGGACGCCAUCAAAGCUCACAUCCUGGCCACUGAGGCUGAGGCCUCUCAGGAGGCAGAGACCACGGGUCCACUAGCCAGCCCCUAA